AUGCCACACACCGUCUCGCCCUCUGAUACCCCGGCCAUGCCAACCAUCAUUUCUUCCCUCCUGAACACAAUCUUCAACGCCGAGACCUCCCAGCAGUCCCUCGACGCUUCCUACGCGCUCACCAACCUGCUAAUAAACAGCGUCGGAUGCGCCGGUCUCCUCAACUACGAUGUCCUCGCGGAGGCCCGCAAGGCCGCCACCGAUAAGAAGAAUGGCGCCAAGCGGGAGAGUGCCAUGUUGAUCAUUGGCGCCCUCUUCGAGCGUUUCCCCCGCGAGUUCCCGCUGAGUGAAGCGAUCUUCCUGCUCCAGGACCAGGGCCUGCUGAGCGUCGUCCUGGAUUCGCUGGCCGACAAGGGCGCCGUCGUGCGCGACGCUGCGCAGUAUGCCGUGGACGCCCUCUUCGCUUGCCUCAGCCCCGAGGCUAUGGUCAACGCCUUACUGCCCGCCUUGGAGGCCUACCUCGGCAAGGGUAGCGGCAAGUGGCAGGGUUUCGUCGGUGGCUUCUCUCUGCUGGAGAAGAUGGCCGUCAAGGCCCAGAUGGGCACCGGCACCAUGGAGGAGGAGCGUGAGAAGGAUCUGCUGCGCGAGGCUCUGGGUAAGACUCUGAAGGAGAUGAUCCCCAUUGUCGAGAACGGCAUGCACGAUCUGAAGAGCGAGGUCGCCAAGAUCUCCACCAAGACCAUGAACGCUCUCACCACCCUGCUCUCGAACGACGAUGUUGCCCCGCGCAUCCCGCUGCUCAUUAAGACCAUGGAGCAGCCGUCGCCUCAGACUCUCCAGAAAGCCAUCCACGCCCUGUCCCAGACCACCUUCGUUGCUAUUGUCACCUCACCCGUGCUCGCCCUUCUGACCCCCCUGCUCGAGCGAUCCUUGAACGCCCCGACUACCCCACAAGAAACCCUCCGUCAGACCGUCGUCGUCGUGGAGAACUUGACCAAGUUGGUCCACGACCCCGCCGAGGCCCGUACUUUCCUUCCCAAGCUCCAGCCUGGUGUGAAGGCCGUCAAAGAUCGUGCCUCCCUCCCCGAGGUUCGUGAGUUGGCCACCCGUGCCCUCGAUGUCAUGGACAAGGCUAUGGCCGACAAGGAUGUCGCUUCCGGCUCCGUCUCCAAGACCACCCCCGAGGAUGUCCUCGCGGUUCUGAACCCCAAGAUUCAGGAGCAGGGCGGUCUCAUUGGGUUUGGCGAUGCCAAGUUCCACGAUCUGACCAAGAACUUCAUUGCCGGUAUGGUCCGCGAGGAUGUCAACUCUCGCAUGCUGGACCGCAUCCCCGCUUCCAUCGGCCCCUACCUCCGUGGUCUGCUCCCCGAAGAGAACAUCGAGGCUAUCAACACUGCUAUCCAGGCUCACUUUGUUGCCGAGGAUGAGCGCAAGUUCGGCAAGCCCGUUCAGGCUGACCCCAACGAGGUGGUAAUUGUUAACGCCAACUUCUCUCUGGCCUACGGUGGCAUGCUUCUGCUGUCGCACACCAACCUGCGCCUUGUCAAAGGUCACCGCUACGGUCUCUGCGGUCGCAACGGUGCCGGAAAGUCGACCCUGAUGCGCAGUAUCGCCAACGACAAACUGGAAGGUUUCCCUCCUCCCGAAGAAGUCCGCACCUGCUUCGUCGAGCACAACCAGGGCGAGGAUGCUGACCUGAGCAUCCUGGAAUAUGUCUCCAAGGAUCCCGCGGUCGCUGGAGCGGGCAAGGAGCACAUCAGCAGUGUCCUGCUCGAGUUCGGCUUCACUGACGGCCCCGAGGGUCGCCAGUCCCAGCCCGUCGGUUCCCUGUCUGGUGGUUGGAAGAUGAAGCUUGCUCUGGCCCGUGCCAUGCUUCUGAAGGCUGAUGUCCUGCUUUUGGACGAACCUACUAACCAUCUGGAUGUUGCCAACGUCAAGUGGUUGCAAGAGUACCUGAAGAAGCACACCGAUAUCACCAGCUUGAUCGUCUCUCACGACUCCGGCUUCCUCGACGAAGUUUGUACUGAUAUCUACCACUACGAGCAGAAGAAGCUGGUCUGCUACCCGGGUAACCUUGCCGAUUUCGUCAAGGUCAACCCCGAGGUUCAAGUUCCCGCCCCCGGUAUCCUGUCCGGUAUCAAGUCCAACACCCGUGCCAUUCUUCGUAUGAGCAACUGCUCUUACACCUAUCCCGGCGCCCCCAAGCCCUCUCUGCAGGAUGCCUCCCUGUCUCUCUCUCUCUCCUCUCGCGUCGCUAUCAUUGGUGGUAACGGUGCGGGUAAGUCCACCUUUAUCAAGAUGUUGACUGGUGAGACCAUUCCCCAGAGCGGCAAGGUCGAGAAGCACCCCAACCUUCGUAUUGGUUACAUCAAGCAGCAUGCUCUGGAGCACGUUGAGAUGCACCUGGAGAAGACUCCCUCCCAGUACAUCAUGUGGCGUUACGCCAACGGUGACGAUCGCGAGGUUUUCCUCAAGCAGACCCGUAUCCUGACCGAUGCCGACAAGGCCCAGCUUGAGACCCCAAUUGACCUGGGCGACGGCCGUGGACCUCGUCGGAUCGAGACCCUGAUCGGUCGUCAAAAGUACAAGAAGACGUUCCAAUACGAGGUCAAGUGGGUUGGACUGCUCCCUAAGUUCAACACGAUGAUUUCCCGCGAAACCCUGGUCGAGCGCGGUUUCUUCAAGAUGGUGCAGGAGUUCGACGAUCACGAGGCCUCCCGCGAGGGUCUGGGUUUCCGUAUUCUCGAUCCCAAGACCAUCUCCAAGCACUUCGAGGACGUCGGUCUCGACCCUGAGAUUGCCAACCACAACGAGAUUUCUGGUCUCUCUGGUGGUCAGAAGGUCAAGGUCGUGCUUGCCGGUGCCAUGUGGAACAACCCCCACUUGCUGGUCCUGGACGAGCCGACUAACUUCUUGGACCGUGACUCCCUCGGUGGUCUUGCCGUUGCCAUUCGCGACUUCAAGGGUGGUGUCGUGAUGAUUUCUCACAACGAGGAGUUCGUCGGCGCCCUCUGCCCCGAGCAGCUGCAUAUUGCCGAUGGCCGUGUCGUCAGCCGCACCAACACUGCCGUCAGCCUCGACCGUUUCGAGGACAGCGCUACCAACUCACCUUCCGCCCCCGGCACUCCUGCUGCUGCCUCUGCCAACACCAGCGCCGCGCCUUCUGCCGUCAACUCUGGCGCCGAGGAUGGCGGCGAGCUGAAGUUCCGUGCCAAGAAGAAGAAGAAGAUGACUCGUGCUCAGCUCAAGGAGCGCGAGACUCGUCGUCGUCUUCGUCACAUUGAAUGGCUCAACUCCCCCAAGGGAACCCCCAAGCCUGCCGACACCGACGACGAGGAGUAA